AUGAGCACCAAGCCAGUACCGAACGGGCACCCGACCAGCAGCGCAGCGUACAAGGCCGCGGCGGCGGGCCAAGUGGCGGCGCUGACCUCGCUCGAGGACCACGUCCGCGCGAUCCCGGACGCGGGCGCGCGCGAGGGCCUCCAGAACCGGUGGGUCGCGCUCGCGUGGCUCCUGGCGUCCUUCUUCCUCGCCACUGCCGCCGUGCCGCUCCUCGCCGCGCGCUACUUCUUCGCCAGGCCACAGGGGUUCAACAGCUUCCCGGGCUACGUGCUGUGCCGCCUGAUCGGCCUGACGCUGGUCACGCACCGCGCGAUGCCGCCGAUCGAGGACACGCGGAAGCGCGCACGCGCGCUCCAGCUCCUGCCCUUCCGCGGGCUGGACAAGCUCGUCAAGGUCGCCCAGGUUACCAUCCCGCCGUUGUCGGACGCCGCGCGCCUGCGCCGCCCGCUGCCCGCGCCAGAGGUGGAAGGUAUCCCCCUGCCGGGGUACAUGCUCUCGCCGCCCGGCACGCGGCAGGGCGUGGCGCGCGCCGCUCCGGGCGAGAAGCUCGUCAUCUACUUCCAUGGAGGAGGGUACGUCGACGGCCACCCCCUGUCCCACACGUUCCCGUACAAGAUUGCGAGGGACACGCGCACGCGUCUGUUCGGCCCAACGUACCGCAAGGUGCUGGGCAACGCCGCGCUCCCCGCGCCCCUGGUCGACGCGUACGCCGCAUGGGAGUAUGUCCUCUCCCUCGGGUUCGAACCGCGGAAUAUCGUGCUCAUGGGCGACUCGGCGGGCGGACACCUGUGCUUGUGGCUAGCACAGUACCUCACCGUUGCGGCGGCGCUCGAGGCGCACCGGGGGGGGGAAGCGGACGCCGACCCGGCCAGCCGGGUGCCGGGCGGGCUCGCGCUCUGCUCACCAUGGUGCGACCUCACGCUGUCGGCCGAGUCAUGGUCGCUCCUCGGGCGCGACUUCAUCGUGCGCCACUACGUCCGCCACCUGAGCCGCGCGUGCUUGCGGUACUACACCGAGGCGGCGUGGUACGCUACGCCCAUAUCGCCCGUGUUCGCGCCAGAGGGGUACUGGCGCCCGUUUGCGCACAUGCCUGUGUUUGUCAGCUACGGCCAGGACGAGGCGCUCGCCGACGAGGACAAGAGCGUCAUUGCCGCCAUGCGGCGGGACGGCGUCGACGUCCGCGUGUUUGAGGAGCCGGCCGGGCUGCACGUCGGGCCUAUCACGCCGUGGAGCCUGCCCUCGGCGUAUGAGGGGUUCGCCAAGGGCGUCAUUGGCGUGCUGGCGGAUCUGUAG